GACGAGGCCGGGCGCGAGGGAGGAGCAGCAACGCGGCGCGGCUCUCCGGGGCGCCAGGCGGGCCCCGCCGGGCUGAGCAAGCCCACAGCGCCGCCGCCGACGCCCCUUGGACGCUGGCCCGUCGGAGCGGAGCCGCCUUCCCGCCAUGUGGGGCACCUCCGCUGAGGUCACGACGUGCACCUGCGCCGGCGUGCGCGGAUGAGGGAUGUGCCGAGGCGCGGCGCCAGAGGCCAGCCCCGUAGUACUCCGUGGGUCGCGGCGUAGCGAGCCGGUGUGGAUGAACUCUCGCCGAGCGGAGGCUGCCAGUUGACGGACAUUCCGCGGCGUCGAUCGUAGGUAGUUUGGGGUGAAUGAGCUGGUGAUACGCACCGAAGGACAUGACUUGAUCGGAUUACACCCCGCCGCUGUCAAGGUGACCCUGUAGUAGAACAGAAGAAGGCGGGAGUUUUGCCGAGCUGAACCCCUACGGUCCGUUGUCUCCACGUGGGACGUGCAAGGCAGAGCCGCUGUCCAGGUGGCUGAAGGUGCAGCGAGCUAUUCACCGUGACCGAGCUGACCGCGCGCCACGGCUCGGCUGCGAGGGGCCUGCCGCCGGGCGCCGCCGCCGCCGCCGCCGCCGCCGCCGCCGCCGCGCCCGCCCUGCUGGCCGCCCCGGCUGACAGAGACUCGUCUCGCCCCUCAGCUGAUGCUCCGAUGGGCCGGCAGGGAGUUGUGGUCAGCAGCCGUCCGGCCGCCGCCGUCCAGCCCGUGGCCACUAUGUCGCCUCUGCCGCCGCGGCCGCCCAAGAAGCGCUACCUUAUGGAGAAUCCGCCCCGACUCGGGGGGCUGACAGAGGUGUCCGCGCCGCCUGCCGGCGACCUCACGAAUCGUGCGCUGCCGCGGACCGGCGACUCGGCGCCGCCGGCCGCCAACGGCUUCAACGGCGCCCGCCACCGACAAACCGACGACAUGGAGCCGCUCAACCUGACCACGUCUCCCACCACCGAGGUGCGGCUCUCGCGCAUCGUGGACAACGUGGUGGAGAAGAUGCUGACCAAGGCGCAAGGCGACAGCGGCCGGCAGGGCGACCCGCUGCGGCUCUGGUUCACCAACCAGUUCGAGAGGAGCCAGCGCCCCGACGGCCCGCCGGGCGCGCGGCCGCAGAGCGCCAGCCCGCGGCUGGCCGGCGCCGAGCCGCCGCCGGCCGCGCAGCCGGCCGCCGCCGGGGACGCCGCCGCCGGGAGCGGCGUGGUCGAGGUCACCAUCGGCAUGUCCGAGACGAUCAGCCGCGUCAUCGACAGUGUGUACCGGCAGGAGGACGCCGAGCGGCGCGGCGCCGGCGCGCACGGCCGGCGCUCCCCGCCGUCGGCGCCGCCGCCGCCGCCGCCGGUGCCGCCGCCGCCGCCGCCGCCGCCGGUGCCGCUCCGGCCGGCAGUGGUGGUGAUGGACAGUGAUGCGGACGGGGGUGCCGCCCGUCGCGAGGGUCUGCGCCAGGAGAUGGACGCUCGGAGGCCAGCGUCGCCCGAGCUGCGGCCGCCGCCAGCAGCGCGCGGGUGAGUC